GAAAGGCAAACCGUGUGUGACACGUUUUUGAUGUAGUAGAGGAAAUCAGUUAAAAAACUAAGAUCACUGGUAAGUGCCCCAGAACUGUUCCUGACGAGAAACGAAAGUGACGAUAAAGGCCAUGUACAGACAAAAAGCCGUGUGCCUCAUUUUUGGGUUUGCCUGUCUGAUGGAAUUUGUAUAUCCAUGUUACUUUGAGGAUGAGUACUGUGUUUUAAAAUGUGAUGAAAACACCAGCAAAAGUAAUGAUGCAGAGGUCACAAUCAUUUGGCAGAAAAGAUUACCCUCCAAUGCUUUAGAAAUUAUUUCUGCAGAUAUAGACAAUCGGAUUCUCACAAAUGGAAAUCUGCUUGAAUUUUGGCCACUAUCUUUAAAUGAUUCUGGGGAAUAUAUCUGUACUGUGCAAGGAAAAGAUUAUAUAAAAACUUUGAAUGUAAAGAAGAAAAAUCCCAACUAUUGCAGAGAUGUGGUGUCAACAGACCGUUUAUCAAAGACUGUGGGAACAGCAGCAACUAUCAAUUAUAAUCUACCUCAUAAAUCUAAAAGCACUAGCUACUCUGUUGUAUGGUAUAAGGACUGUAAAAUCUUUGCUGAGAACGUCAGUAAGCUUUCAUUUGAAGCUUUAAAGGUUUCAGAUUCCGCUAUAUAUGCAUAUGUUAUCACUCAUGUACACAAUGGACAAUAUUACAACAUUUCUGGAAAAACAAGGCUAAUAGUAGAUGACCAUGCCAUAAAAAUAAGAGAUGUACAAGAACAUGUACGACCUAGGAUAAUCGGCUUGGGAAGCACUAUUAUCACAGAAGUGGAGAUGGGACAAAAUGUGUCUGUAAAGUGUGAGGCUUCGGUAGGCAUAACACCAAUGUUUCAGUUCUCCUGGGUUCACAACAAGUCUAGGGUCGAUAAUUUGGAUGAUUUGGUUGAUGAUUGCAAAUCUCACAUAACAAAACCGUGCAUGACAGAGCGCAGCCACAAGAAUAAAGAAGGAAUUGAAAUUACUGAACUAAUCAUACCAAGUAUAAAUGAGGAUGAUAUUAAGUACCCAUAUUUAUGCAGUUUAAGUAAUUCACAAGACUCGGACACAAAGACAUACAUUUUCAAACUGAAAGACAAAGGUCCAGAUAUUCCUAAACGUGUUUUCACAACCUCGAUUAUUGCAGCUGUGACUUGUUCACUUGCUAUUAUACUUUUGUUUGCUCUGUGCAUCUCCUUUAGAAUUGAGAUUGUUUUAUUGUACAGAAACAUCACAGGACUUGAUGAGACAACUGGAGAUUCUAAAGAAUAUGAUGCAUACAUCUCGUUUGAAAGUUAUUCCAGUCUCAAAGGUGAAGAGAGAGAUUUUGCAUUACGCAUUCUUGCCCCAGUUCUGGAAAAAAACUUGGGUUUUAAACUAUGCAUUUUUGAGAGAGAUGUUACUCCAGGAGGAGCUAUGGUCGAUGACAUGAAUGCAUUUCUGGAGAAGAGCAGGAGAUUAAUCAUUGUUUUCAGCAAAAACUAUGCCUCUGAUAAAGUCAUGUAUGAGAUGGAAAGUGGCCUGCAUAAAGCAAUGGUGGAACGGAAUAUUAAAGUUAUUUUGAUUGAGUUCACACCUCUAAGUGAGCUAAGUUAUAUACCAGAAUCAUUGCAGCUGCUCAAGAAAGGAAACAGAGUUAAAUGGAAAGGAGAGAAGUCUCAACCUCUGAAUUCUAGAUUUUGGAAAAAAAUCCAAUAUCUAAUGCCAGCAAAGCCAGCAUUGUCAAAAAGUGAUUUUCAUAGACUGCACGAAUUAUAGGGUUUGAUAAAAGCUAAAAAUAUAAUCUGAUGUCUCCACACAGCAAUGCAUAAGUAAAAAGGAAGUAAAGAGACAUGUCACACAAAAUAACUUUGUUCAUGACAGUCAAAGAUAAGGCUGGAAUUCAUGGCCCAUAGUGCAAGAAAUAAUGAAUGACCCUGACAUCCCCUCAUUCACACAUCCCCUCACACAUUCACUUUCAACAACAACAACCCCCAUAGCUGCCCAGUAACCCAAUUCAGUACUAAUGCACGCAGUACUCCACAGAUAUUUUGGACCCCAAGUAACCUCUUUCUGGUUUUAACCUUGAGUCCCCUAUGGCCUUUCUUCUACAUACAGCUAUAAUCACACAGUACCUUUUUUAUUCUUUCAUAACGCUUUAUAUAAAAUCUUUCAAUUGUUCAUUAGGGAGGACAUUCUGCAUGACGUAGCAUCUUUUGAAAACAUUUUUUACUUGAAGAGAAGUUGUAGAUAGAAAUAUUAAGGACCUCCAAUGACCUGCUGUUUUCAGGUAACCCCGAUAACUUCUCUGAAGAAAGAGACCAAGUCACAGCUUAAACCUUUUUUUUUAUUAGGUUUAUGUAUUUUAGUAAACCAGCCUUAUCUCACAAAGAGCCUUGUCUUAAAAAAAUAACCAGGCAUCUUUUGGUUACACAAGCUGUCCUCUGUGAAGUGUGGAUAUAGCUUUAGCAAAUAAAAGGCUCAUUUCACAAAGCUAACUUUCCAGGAUAAGGAUCCUUAUUAGGGGUGCAACUACUGGUUGCAGGGUCCCAUAACAAAAUGGCGACCUCUCUUUGUGGCACCUGGAAAUAUCAUCUGUGACAAUACUGUCCCUAAACUUGCCUAAUUCUGGGGCAGGCAGCAAGAAAACAUUGUCCCCCCUAACAUAUUCCAACCAUCCUCCUGCUAUUCCUUGUCUAAAACCGAGCUAGUGCCAUCUUUACAUUGCACCCAUACCGUUAUGGGGUGCCAGCGUGAAGGAUGCCACACACCAUUGAAAAUGGAGCUGUGCUGAACUUCCACUAAACAGCAGUGUGUAAUGAGGGGGUGGGGUUAUGCAUUCCUCGCUUUCCCUCACUGGCCACAGGCAGCUUGCAGGUGAGGCCAACUAAAACUUCCAAUGGCUGGGUUCCCUGGCUGGGUUGGGUUCCCUCCAUAAGCAAACUCCCAGAUCACACCUCCCCAGAUUCCCCCACCUUGAUUAUACCACCGUAUACCCCCCAGCCUGAUCACACCUCCCCAGAUACCCCUACCCUGAUUACACCUCUAGAUAGCCCCAGCCUGAUUACCACUCCCUCAGAUACCGCCAGUCUGAUCACCCACCCAGAUCUCCUCACUCUGAUUCCCCCCCCACACACACACACCUACCUCUCCCAUAACACACCUACCAAAGAUUCCCCCACCCUGAUUACACCACAUCCCCAGAUACCCCCCACUCUGAUUACACCACACCCCCAGAUACCCCCCCCCAGCCUGAUCACCUCCCCAUACUCCCAGUCUGAUCACACCCCCCAGAUCUCUUCACUCUGUUCACAGCCCCCACACCUCUCCUCUAACACACACCUCAGAUACCCCCCUCCCUCCGCCAUCACACACACACAUACACACUUUUGGUUUACCAACCCCUCAGAUCUCACCAGUUCUGCAGUUCCUCCCAGUCCUGCGGCUCCUUCUCCAGAUGAUGUCAGUGGAGGAAUCUGCAGCAACCAGGGUUAACUGUCACUGGAGCAGGCAUGAAAAUAUCUCUCCGAAUCAGUGGUAGCAGCGGCAGCAGAAGCUGCAAAGAGUGGGGAGCCUUCUCAAUCCCCUACCUCCUCCGCCGGCCUGACUUCAGCAUGCACAGCCAUGCUGCCUGACAGCUGGUAUCCCGGCUCCUACAAGCACACAUGGGAAUCUGUCCACCACUUCGCCUUCCUCUGCCUGAUUGGAUUCGCUCUGACAGCGGUAUCCACGUAUCGCCCUGCCUGCCUUCUGUUCUCUAGCUUUUUCACGCUGACAGAAUACUGUUUAAUAAACAGCAGGCAAACUAAAGCUUUCAUGUUCCACCCUCUCUUCUAUGGGGUGCAGGGUGGAAGUUUUAGUUUGCCUGCUGGAGGGACAAGCAUUUUAAAAAUCUGAAUCCCCAGCGAGUGGCUGGGGAUCUGGAUUCUGCUGCCCCCCUACCCUAGUGCCCUAAAGCAGCUGCCUGACCUGCCUAUUGCUGGUGCCGACCCUGAUAGUCAUCAUACUCUACUAGGGACCAAUGUUGUGGAUAUACCGUAAAUUGACAAAAAUAAGUAGUCGAUCAAGAAACUAACUUUGAUUUUCCAGCAAAUUAAUCUGCAUUUUUUUUCAGCAUCUCGCGCUAAUCUGCAUUUGGAACAUGCGGGUGCUUUAUGCAAACCACGCAACCGUUUAUAGCCACCUAUACCCACUCAUCCCAAUGUGUAGCUUUACACAGUGACAGUGGGCCCUAGGGAGGCAUUUUGCGAGGUCUGCACACUAUAAGGCCCUAUACAGCCAUGUGCAUAAAGCUUAACACAGUAUCUGUCUCAGAGCAACUUAGAAUAUAACAGGUUGAAAUGAACCCCUAAACAAGUACUCCCUGUGGCACAACAGAAAAUGAGGCAAACUGGGUGCUAUUUGGCCACCAGAUCACACAAAGCUAAAACUGUAGCUUUGGUUGCAAAACAGACUCAAACAUAAAUCCUAACAUAUCUGCACGCCAAAAGAACAUGCGAGCUGCUUAUGCGAGAUGCGUUUCGUUUAAUUUUUGAAUGAGCCAUGUCCUUAUUUUGCAACUUAUCCUCUUUUUCAAACAUAUUUGUGUAUACAGUGGAAAGUUUAACUUUAUAGGUAAAGAUGAUCCAGGGAAUAUCCAAUUGCCCCUCGGGGGAUCAGGAAGGAACUUUUUCCCCUGCGGGAGCAAAUUGCGUCAUGCUGUGCUGGGUUUUUUUUUUUUACCUUCCUCUGGAUCAACAGUGGGUAUAGAUAUG